CCACGUGUCCCUCCAGCUGAUUUCCUGGGGCUGGAGAAUGUGUUCUCUUCACUUCUCUGUCAGUUUACGGGAUCAUGAAUCCUCUCCGUCGUAGUUCGCCCUACUUCGUAGCCCACUGAUUACCUAUUUGCAUGAUCUCGGGAGAAAAUACUAACAGAAAUAAUAGAGAUGGCCCAGGCAGCGCAGAUUAACGUCCUCGAACAACUCAACUGCCCGAUCAAAGUGGAGCACGACAGAAAGAGGAGGCAGUUCACUGUUAGAUUAAACGGGUCUCAUGACCGAGCUGUACUUCUCUAUGAGUACGUGGGGAAAAGGACUGUUGAUCUGCAGCACACGGAGGUCCCGGAUGCUUACAGAGGAAGAGGAAUUGCUAAACAUCUGGCCAAGGCCGCCAUGGACUUUGUGGUUGAGGAGGACCUGAAGGCUCACCUGACCUGCUGGUACAUCCAAAAAUAUGUCAAAGAAAACCCACACCCUCAGUACCUGGAGCGAAUCUUGCACUGAUCCUGAGAGGAAGAGAGAGGCUCUGUGUCUGUUGGGGUCAGAGGACAGGAAGUGUGAGGGGAGGGUGGGGUGGGUGGGGGAAAGGGGAGCUCAGGAGUAGGGAGCAUGUUUUGGAGGACAGGUGCUUCAUUUAGGAUCACAGAACAUCCUUCCGGAUCCUAUUUAUCUAUUUCGUCCCGCCUAAGUGGUGCUUGCACUCACACAUCCAGGGAGAACGAUGGAGCCGGUGGAUUCCAUCUUAACAAGGAAGACAAGAAGAGGGGACCCGCUUCCAUCGUGAUCGGGAUGCUGCAGGUCUGACAGAAACGGGUGGAGCGAUCUUUCUUUGUGGAACAGCCACUCCAUACUGAAAAGGCCUUUCUAUCUCAAACAGGAAACCCCCAGCUGGUGCUCCAACACAUGUUCCCACAGGUGAUGCUGGGGUUUCUUUUUGCCUUUGUGCACGAUUUCAGCUGGUGAGGACUGAGUGAAAAGGCCUACAUGACCCAAUGACCGCGAUGUCCAGGAAAGAUCUGGGAAAGGUUACAUGUCAAGGAGGGGACAUAUUUCAUCCUCAUUGCUUGAGAUUCAUCUGCUACUUGACAAGGGUUACCAGAAUGAAGCUGGAUGCUAGCCAGGUGGGUUGAGUUGGGCUUUCGGAAGUAAACUGUGUCUUUGGGCAGCGUAUUUGGAUACCUCACUCAUGAUGACUGAAGCUUCUAGCACUGGAGGAUGGAAGAAAGUGAUCUUCAGGAACUUUUAUUAUCCUUUUCUGUUACAAUUCCAGUUGCUACGUGAAUUCACAAGUGCACAAGUGAAGGCCUCAGGGAAUGAUCCGAGGCAGUGGAAGAUAUUUACAGUGCUAGCUAGAGGAACUUGACUCUGUUACAUCCAGUAUAACAGAAUAAAGCCAACUAUUUACAGCUUAUGAAAGGUCAAUUUAGAAAGGUCAGCGUUCAUAGGAAAACUAUACACUGUGACAUUAAAGAGCACGAUUUUUUGUAACACAUGUAUUGUCACGAGUCAGAAAAAUGCAUAGUUAAUAGGCCAUUAGGAUAAGCAAAGGUUAUACUAUACAUAUAGUAUAGGCGAACAGUAUGUUGAGUUUCAUUAGACAAGGGAAUACCUGCAAUAUAUGUUUUCAUUAUGUCAGUAAAAAAGGACAACCACACUGCAGACAUCAAUGAAACUGCCGAAGACUCCUUUCCUACUAAGCCUUUAGGUGUGUUUUUUUUAAUAAAUCAAGUGAAAUCCGUUUUACGUUUUAAGUGUUUGGAUUAUCUCGUGUUCUGUAUAGUGUAUCCCAGGCAAGUAGCAAGCAGACGUUUUUUAAUAAAAAAACGAAGCUACACUGCUGGUUUACACAUUGUGAGAAAUGGAUCCCUUGCUGUGUAUCCCUCUCGAUAUGUGUGAAUUGCGUAACGUUUUAUUGAACAGAAGUGUCACUAAAAAUAGGGUUCUCGAGGGGUCCAGUCCAGCCAGUUGGCGGCUCUGGUCGGAGCAGAGAUCUGGGUGCUUUCUUGCUGGCCACUCUUUCCUCUACUGGUGGUUUAACAGUGAGUUGGGAGUUGUGAGAUGUGACUUUUUGUGAUGUGGGGCUUGUAAUGUUAAAAGAAGGGGAUAUUGACAGGGGGAAGUGUGGGUCUCCAAAGAAAAUACCCUUCCCUUAUGUGGGACAGUCGAUUCAUUGACAAUCUCAAAAGGCAAGGUGGGGGGGCGCGUAUAUAUAUAUAUUACAGGAAAUAUCUGCCAUUUUCAAAGAAACCAAUGUAGCUGACAGAUGUAGGCAAGGUGACAGAUUGCUGUAAAAGCUCUGCCACAGUCGUUGUAGAGGAUAGGAACCAUUGUGUGCUCCCUAGAAUGAGAAGUGAUCUGUCUCAGAUGGGUGUGGUGGUCUGAUGGGGCCUGAGACUCUGAGUCAGGUACACAUGGACUCUACAUCUUGAUUUCAAGAGUCGAUAGUAACAGCCACAUAUUCUGAUGUACUGUUGCUCCAGCUUUCCAAGAACUCCAGAACAGCUGAACUGAGAGAAAUGGACAGCUCAGUGGCCUCCUAAGACAAUAGCCUGGGUGGACGUCAAAUGCAUGGGUAGAAGCCUUUAAUUUCAAAAGUCUUUCUGACCUUGCUUCAUUCAUGAAAGGGAGUUGUACAUCAAUGAGCCACAAUAUCUCUUGUCUAAAAUAUAUAUACUGUAUGUCACCUUAAAAAAGUUUUAGACUUUCAAAUAACUUGACCACACGCAUUCGGUAUCAGCCUGUGUCUACUUGGUAUCUACCUGUGUGCGCUAAAGAGUUAAUUAUAUAAAUAACAGACAAACCUUUAUAUUGAUCUCCAGUGUGUACCCAAAAUAAAUUAUUUCAAAUGUCAAA